AUGUCAACCCAGGCCGCAACUGGCUCCACUGCAGCACCCGCCACCAGCACUGGCAGCAGCAGCAGCAGCAGCAGCAGCAGCAGCAGCAGCAGCAGCAGCAGCAGCCUUAGAGCCACCACCAGCGCCGCCGCCGGCGACUCGCUGGCGCCCCUGGAUUUCAACAACCCGAGGGCUGUCUUCAAAGCCGCCAAGCUCUCCGACCUCCUGCGGGCCUAUGUGGUCCUUACGAUCUGCAAGAUUGACCCGGUCGUGCGCAACGCAGAGGCCAUGCUGCGCGCGUCCCGCAAACUCCUGGGGGACCGCCUCACAUUCUCCCUUGUCCGCAGCACCUUCUUCAAGCAGUUCUGCGCCGGCGAGGACGAGGCCAGCCUGGGCCCCACCAUCAGCUACCUCCAGGCCAACGGCGUGCGCACCAUCAUAGACUAUGCAGCCGAGGACGACGUGGAGGCGGCCGGGCCCGCAGCCGCGUCCGCCAGCCACGAAGCCCAUGGCAGCGGCGGCACCGCCCAUGCUCCUGAGACCAACACAGGCACAGGCGCGACCGCCACCGCGGCGGCGGGGCCCGGGGGCGCCGCGGACGCGCUGGCCCGAGCGAAGGGCGUGGUGGGCCGCGUGUACAGGUAUGAGGACGAGGCCGCGUGCGACCGGCACGUGGGCGUUUUCAAGCGCGCGAUCGAGGCGGCCGGCACCCUGCCCGGCCCCGGCUUCGCGGCGAUCAAGAUGACCGCGCUGGGGAACCCGCUGCUGCUGGAGCGCAUGAGCAGCGCGCUGCUGCAGGUGCGGGAGCUGUUCCUGGCGGGGGACACGGACGGUGAGCGGCCGCGGGCGGCGCGGGCAACGCGAGGGGCGCGGCGCUGGGGCGGGGCGGGUGUGGCGCUUGAGGGCUGGGCUCUGGCUGUGGAUUUUGACUUCAGGAGCAAGGCCUUCACAGGGCAUUGA